UUUUUCGUGUUUUAUUAUUAGUUAAGCAAUAAUAUGGUUUAUAGAGAAGAAUUUUCAUUUUCUUCUUAAGAGCUAAGACUAUACUCGUAAAAUUCGUCGUGAAAAAAUUUAAUUGCAAAGUAUAAUUUCGAAGUUCGAAAAAUCCACCAAUAAUAAUUAAAUCGAGCGUAUAUUUAUUUCGUAGUUCAUCCGAUGAGAAUCAGCGGUGAGGAAAGGCAAAAAUUCUGGGCUGUCGCCAGAUCAUCAUUGAACUCAUAAUAACAAACUCGUCACAACGUCGUUCAUAGUCACACACAGUGCCAGGCUCAAACCAUGAAUCAUGUUCCAACUACAAUUCAUACUCAAACUACAACUAAUACUCAAACUACAACUAAUACUCAAACUGCAACUAAUACUCAAACUAUGAGUGCGGAAGCAAGAAGAAGAGAGUUGGCAAAGCAUAGGGCGCUAUCCAUGGUGCGCGAGGACAGCGACAGGACAAUGAGACGUCUGUAUACCAGGUACAAGUACUGUGAGUUCAGUGAGGAGGAGAGAUCGAAUUCUAACUAUCUAGUCAUCCGAUCGACUAUCGAGCCCCAUAGGCCAGAGUGGACAUGUCGAAAGUAUCUGGGCCCCCUGACGGUAAAGGAAAUACGCAAUCGGUUUCUGUACGGUAUGCUGGAACAACAGCCCGCCCAAGGCCACGUGCCGAUAUUCCUGAAUUGGCUGGAGAGAGACGGAAUCGUGCUGGUCAAGUGCCACGACCAGCAGUCGAAGGACUAUCUCAAGAGGUGCCUGCGGUAUCAUGGCACGAUGUUUCCCAACCACCGACCCUUGAUACAGGUGGUCGACGUCGACAAGCAUUACGUGGCCCCAAGCAAUCGUGCGUACUUGGGCUUUUCCCACAUUUUCUCUUUGGAGAACCAACUAGAUGCGAAAGUGUUCAUGGAUCUCUGUACUGAAAACCCCGAAGUGGCGCAGUGGCAGAUCGUGCAGAAAAAUACCUUGCCGGCCCAGCCGGACCUAGGCAUCCCUCCCCUACACGUCUGGUACUUCGACAUACCGUACCCGGCGGCGCUCUCCUUAACACAGAGGAAUUACAGACUGAAUUUCAAAGGAAGACAAGUGUUUGUUCAUAUAGCCGGGUUUAGAUAGACUUAAUGGCACGAAUUGUAAAAUAAUCCGAUAUGUUUUUAAACUAAACGUCGAGUGUAUGAAAUUCUGUGAUUUUAAUGGCUUCAUUGACUUAGUGUAUCGUGUAUAGUAUACGACCGAACCAUUUCUUAAAUAUGACAUCUAACAUAAAUAAUUUUGACUGAA